AACAAACUAUGGCUGACCCCACUUCAGCGUCGGUGUGGGCUUUCACUUUCGGCUUGUACUUCGGCGUGUGCACGUGUUAUCUGUCCAUCCCGCUGAAGAUUUACCCGGGGAGGAUCGACGUCUCCCCGGCUGUGGAUGUGACCGCUGUCCGGCGGGUGGCGUUAACAGCCGCUGAUGGGACCGGCCUGUCCCUGGCCUCUGAUCCCACUGGAACUGUCAACUUCCUGGACAUGGCUGAGAACUUGCAGGGGGACUCUGGAAGAGGUUACUACAUAGAGAUGUCCAUUGGUACCCCCGGUCAGAAGCUCAACAUCCUGGUGGAUACAGGCAGCAGUAACUUUGCCGUGGCUGCGGCUCCACACCCGUUCAUUACUCACUACUUCAACACUGCACUCUCCAGUACCUACGAGUCAGUCGGUCGGAUGGUUGCCGUCAGGUACACCCAGGGCAACUGGGAAGGUGAACUGGGCAUUGACCGGGUCUCCAUCCCCAAAGGGCCAAACGGGACCAUCAUCAUCAACAUUGCCGCCAUCCGAUCAUCUGAGGGCUUCUUCCUUCCUGGGGUCAACUGGCAGGGCAUCUUGGGGCUGGCCUAUCCCAUGCUGGCACGGCCCGACUCAUCCGUGGAGCCCUUCUUCAACUCGGUGGUGCAGCAGCUGGGAAUUCCUGACAUCUUCUCCCUCCAGAUGUGCGGUGCUGGCCUGUCAGCCAGCAGCGCGGAGGACCCACCGGGCGGCAGUCUUAUCAUGGGAGGAGCUGAACCAACUCUGUACCGAGGGUCGGUGUGGUACACCCCCAUCAUAGAGGAGUGGUACUACCAAGUGGAGGUCUUGAAGCUGGAGGUUGGUGAUCAGAAUCUGGACCUGGACUGCAGAGAGUAUAACAUGGAUAAAGCUAUAGUUGACAGCGGGACGACGCUGCUGCGACUUCCUGUCAACGUCUUCAAUGCGGUGGUAGAAGCCAUCAUACACAGCUCUCUGAUCCAGGAUUUUUCUUCAGGGUUCUGGGAUGGCACCAAGCUUGCAUGCUGGUUGAAGGGGGAGACCCCCUGGCGAUUCUUCCCCAAGCUGUCCAUCUAUCUGAGAGCCACAAACACCAGCCAGACUUUCCGUAUCACCAUUCUGCCUCAGCUUUACAUCCAACCCGUCACCGAUUUGGACGGCACACUGGACUGCUUCCGUUUCGGAGUGUCAUCUUCAACUAACGGCCUUGUGAUCGGCGCCACUGUUAUGGAAGGCUUCUUCGUGGUGUUCGACCGGGCCCAGCGGAGACUGGGCUUUGCUCUCAGCAACUGUGCAGUAAACGGCGGCCUGGCCCUGUCGGAGAUCGCCGGGCCCUUCACAGCAGCCGACGUGGCGGCCAACUGCUCCAGCGGUGCGCUGAAGGAACCCCUCCUGUGGGUCAUCUCCUACGCCCUGAUGGCGGUAUGCGCCCUGGUCCUCAUCAUCCUGCUGCUGCUGCUUGUGCUUCCCUGUCGAUGCAGGGACCACUCCGGGGAGAUUACGGACGAGUCGUCGCUGGUCCGCCACCGCAUCAAGUGACUGAGAGGAAACAGAUGGGUGAGCAGGAUGAAUGGGCAGGGAGCCGGUGAGCAGAGCAUGUCCACGGCGGCGGAGAAGGGGGUGAGGCUCGGCCUGCGUGGAACGGUGACGCUCGGCUCUGAACAUCUGACCGACUCUGGACUGCACUCAUCAGCUUGGCCCAUAGAGGUAGACACAGACAGAUCGACUGCCUCUUAAAGGGAAAAUCACCCUAAAAACACUUGUUGAUGUCAUCAUGGUUACAGUUUCCUGUUCUUUCUUAUUCUCACUUCAUGUCAUGUCAUACGUGGAUACUGUGACAUGCAGCAAAGAAGAGGGAACAGGUUAAAAGUUCAAUGUGCCAUGAAGCUACAGGACAGUUAAUAGUCAUGGUAUGAUUUGCCCUUUCACAAGACUUUUGCUUUCUCCAACUACACUCACUGAAACUGGAGCGUAGUUCGAGACACUCAAACCAAAUUCAGGCUUGGUCUUAGACGGAAGAUAAUCUGGGAGAUUAAGGACAAGACUAACACAAACAGAGAGGUGAACAAAACUAUGAAACACUUUAUAGCUGUUUUCAGACAUGAACUCCGGAGAGCCCUUGCACGAUUGGGUCCUGCCCCUUCACAAAUGAAAACCAAAGCAGAAGCUUCUCCGCUCAGACGUGUUGACAACAUCCUCUCUGCAGCGCUCAGGUGAGGGGGUGCAGCCGGCAGAGGCAGGAUGUAGCGUAUUCAUUCUGAUGCCCAGAUGUAAUGUUGUUCAGCACCGGAGUCGACCCUUAUCACCUAAAGCUCUUGACAUCUUCAUCGGCCUCUUCUACAUGUGUGGCACCGCUUCAACAUCCUGAGAAAUAUUUGUAUUCUUUUUGUUCAUUUUUGCAUCUGUCAUCAACACGCCCACUCGCUUGCUGUGAAUCCAGCGGAGGAUCUCCUGCUGUGUUCUCACAUCAAGUCAUUCGGUAUCCUCCCUAUUUCUCACUCAGGGGCUGACAGGAGAAACUCCGAAAAAAAGGUCUGGAGCCUCUCACUCGGAUUUGCGUUAUCACAUACGGCCCCUCUGGAGAAUGUCUGGAGAUUAUCUGGAGUUCAGUGCAUGUCGGAAAGCAGCUGAUGACAUAUAGCAGCAUAAGAAUAUAUAAGGACAGGAGUUUCUUCCUCAUAAAUAAUGACGGGACUGUGGGUGGGCAGCACAUCAACAGCACAUGGUCAACAAUCACUGGUGCCUUCGUGAAUGAGUGAAAUGUUACUCGUGUCAUUUCCAGGCCAAACUGUGCAGCAAUAUUCAUUUCAAAGCACCGACGACCCUUUAAAUGUGUCUUUAGACCAACCCAUCUUUCCUUUAGUUUGUUUAAAGAUCUAAUGGUAGCUCUGAUUAGUUUCUUGUACCUUCGUGUAUAUUGGAGUACACCUGAAUCAAAGUAAAGUCUGUGUCUACUGAUGUUAUGGGGAAAAGCUGCUCAAUCAGUCACUGUUCAUAUGAAGAAAACUACACAGGUGCGUGUUGUACCUUAAAGUCUUAGUUUGAGGCCGUCACAGCGUCGUGAACCGUUUGAGACUCGUUCUGCUGAAUUGCACUUUGUUUCUCUUAAGUUAAUCAAAAGUGUAAUAUAAAGUUAAAGAUCAACAUUUCUGGAUCUGUUAUGCAAUUUGUUGUAUUAAUGUAAUUGUACUAAUUCUGCCGACAUGCAAGUUUAUAUUUAAAUUUCUUUGAAUGUGAUUGUAUUAUUAUGAUUAUUAUUCAUUAGACACUAGAUGUUCGAGGAUGCAUAUUUAUACUUCACAUUUUUUACAAAUCAAACAACACGAGAAGCCAAAAGAUUUUUGUAACUAGAGACACGUGCACCUCGUUUGAUCCCGUGGACGACAGUGAGCUGAUACGCAACAAAAAGUUCUUAAAUAUAAUUUUAUCGUUGACACUAGAGACACUUUUGUAUGUAACAUGGUGAGACCACACACUGCUGCACAAUCAAUCUGAAACCACCGCCUUUUGCUCCCGGGUGUCGACCAAAAGUUCAAACGGCUCAAAUUGAAGGUACACUUGAAUCUCUGAAUGUUGAAUUAUUUAUGAGUGGGGUUUUUUUUUGCUUCUGUGCCAAAAUUGCUCUUGUGCUGUAAAUAAUAAUUAAAGAAAACCUGACCAAAUCAAAA